AUGGACCAUCGGAUUCGUCGUAUCCUGGAGGAACCUCAGACUGUGCGGGACCCGGCCGGCCUUCCAACAGGGAAGAGGUUCUCCUGUACUGAGUGUGGGAAGGGUUUCCGAUAUAAAUCCAAUCUUAAUGAGCAUAUAAGAUCUCACACGGGAGAGAAGCCGUAUUCCUGUCCUGAGUGCGGGAAAUGUUUUUCACGGAAUUCAAUUCUUUACUUACAUCAGAGAUCUCACAUGGGGGAGAAGCCGUAUUCCUGUCCUGAGUGCGGGAAAUGUUUUUCACGGAAGUAUCUUCUUUACUUACAUCAGAGAUCUCACACGGGAGAGAAGAAGCCGUAUUCCUGUCCUGAGUGUGGGAAAUGUUUUUUACAGAAGACCAGUCUUUACAUACAUCAGAGAUCUCACACAGGGGAGAAGCCGUAUUCCUGUCCUAAGUGCGGGAAAUGUUUUUCAAGGAAGUCCUAUCUUUACAUACAUCAGAGAUCUCACACGGGAGAGAAGCUGUAUUCCUGUCCUGAGUGCGGGAAAAGUUUUUCACAGAAGGCAAAUCUUUACACACAUAAGAGAUCUCACACGGGAGAGAAGCCGUAUUCCUGUCCUGAGUGUGGGAAAUGUUUUUCACAGAAGUCCCAUCUUUACACACAUCAGAGAUCUCAUACAGGUGAGAAGCCAUAUUCCUGUCCUGAGUGUGGGAAAUGUUUUUUAGAGAAGCGCAGUCUUUACAGACAUCAGAGAUCUCACACUGGGGAGAAGCCAUAUUCCUGUCCUGAGUGUGGAAAAUGUUUUUCAGAUAAGUCCAGUGUUUACAGACAUCAGAGAUCUCACACGGGAAAGAUGCCGUAUUAUUGUCCUGAGUGCGGGAAAAUGUUUUUCAGACAAGUCCAGUCUUAA